AUGACUAAGUCACCAGGAAAAGCUACUAACACCGCUGAAAAUCCAUCUCCGGUCAAAUCAAAGAGGGCUGGUGCAUCUGACAAGGCUGGUGGUUCAAAAUCCAAGAAACAGAAGUGUACUGCAAUUGUAAAGGUUAAAUCGAAGGUGGUUCUGUUGACUCAGCGUCUUCGAACCAGGGGUCUAAACCCUCUCGCAAAUCCAACAACUAUCUCAGCGCCUCUCAUUGUUGAAGACGACAGUGGUGACUCUGUCUCGGGAAACAGAGAUUCUUUGACUCAUCAGGGGUCAGAUCUGGCUGCUAGAACGGGUGCUGGUGUCUCAGGAACUGCAAAAGGUCGACAUGCAUUCCAUUUGGAAGAAAUGGUUGAUGAUCCUGAGGAUGUGAGGCUAGCCUUCGAUCCAUCUAAGGAUGUGAUAUCUCUCCUCACAGAUGGUCACAUCAGGAAAUGGGAGGAUCUUUCAACCUCUAGGAUGAAAGCUGGAAGGAAUAAUCAGCAAACUAAGGAGAAAAGUCUUCGUGUGACUAGGCACGCCAGGUGGCACCUCGAGUUGGGAACCUCACUACCAGGAAGCGUACGCGGGAUGUCGGGUUCAGGAAACAAGGAGGUCUGA